GCACCACGUUGUCGGGACAACAGCCCUGUAUCAGUAAUAUCAGACGUCAAACGUAACGGGUCAUGCAUAUGGAAGAUCGACCAACUACUUUUUUUUCAGAAGAAAGGAACAAAAUAGACUUACUACUAAGUAAUCGAUGAAUGUCUGUAAUCGAGUUUGUACUAUUUAGGCCACCUAUGUUUCCUCUAGCUCUCACGCGAGCUCGGUACACCUAAGCCAGUUAUCAAAACUGACCUUUGCAAAUUAGAGCAGCACUGUUGGCAAAAAUGGCGCCCGCUUUCUUGGCUUUCUCCAACGUGGCGUUGGCAAUCGUGCUGAAUAUAGGUGUCAGCGUCUCACAAUGCCCAGACCAGAGCAUCGCCUUUAACCACGCCUGUUACGAGUUCCCUGUUGAAGAGUUGGGAUAUGAAGACGCCAGAAACUACUGUGAGAGGCUAAACGGUACACUCGCCAUGCCCAAAACAGCAGUUGUGGACGCGUUCAUCGUGGGAAUCAUUCAGUACUCCGGCUAUGAAGAUGGGUACUGGAUAGGUGUAGAGCAGGGUGAGAAUAACGAGCCGAUGUGGAGUGACGGCACGCCAACCGGUACCGCCUGCCACCACACAGCGUUCUCUUUAGGAGAGCCUCACUUCCCCGCCCCUCUAACCCGCAUGCCGCCCCAGUGUGUCCACAUCAGGACUUCCGAAAUUUGGAAAGAUUUCCUCUGGAUGACUGAAACAUGCUGGGAGAGCAAGCGAUUUGUCUGCCAAUUUGGAGCUGGGGAUCAACCCGAAUGUCUCGCAGAAAGAUCCGUCUUUACACAAGACCCUGCCCGAAUCCGACCAGACGGGCGCUGCGGGCCAGACUUCCCCGUUGAAGGAGGGGUUCCGGGAGAGUGUGACGCUACAGGACGGACGCCAUGUUGUUCUGCUGACGGACAGUGUGGCAGUUCCGAACUCCACUGUGACUGUCCGGGAUGUAUCGACUACAGUCUGCUCAUAGUUCCGGACUGUCCGCCAGGGUACCACAAGUUGAGGGACACGUGCUAUGGAGUGAAGCAGGCCUUGGUGAAUUACACAAUGGCAGAGAGCGCAUGCGCAGAGGACGGGGGAACGCUAGCCAUGCCCAAACACAUGGAAACCGACUUCUUUCUCAUAGGACUCAUGAUAAGGGCGGCACCAGAAGACGACUUCUGGAUCGGAAUAGACAACCGUCACCUGGAGUACCACACGUUCGCUGACGGCACCAUGUUGGCCGACUGUGCCUUCGUGAAGUGGUCGGAGACAGCUCAGGCGGACAGUCCUCAGAAGUGCAUCAUGUACGACCGUGAAUCUGGCUACUUUUGGAGUGACAGGAGCUGCACUGAGGAAAGAAAGUACCUGUGUCAAAUCGGUCCAGGAAUUACGGAAGAUUGUCCGACUGUCCCCACAACGACACGCCGCAUUCCAACCUCGGAUCCGCCAUCUUGGACAACCCGACCACCUGUUGUAGAGACAACUCAAGGUCAAGGUGCAAGUACAGUCCCCGUCUGGACCUGGCCUCGUCUCGGCAGCACCCCACCACCACCGCCGCCGCCUCCUCCCAGUAACACGUUCAUCCCGCUCACCAUGCCUGGACAAGGUGGCCAGGCAGGCGCACAGGAGCAAGAUGCCGGCGGCACCGGAGCCGUGGUGGGAGGGUCGGUUGGGACAGUAGCUACGGUAGGGGUGGGGGUCGGCGUGGGAGUCCUUGCUUACAAGAAGUUUAUGCUGGCCAAGGUAGCUCCCAUCGUAGCAGCGUAAAGCUACUGGCUUGUUGUGAUUGAUGUAAUUUUAGGGCGUUGCUGUUUAGAUUCGUAACGUAUUUUUCAGGUGUUUGUCGUGCAAACUUCGUGUACCUUUUGCUGACAUGUGAUUUGUGAGGAAACCUGUAAAAAGUGUCAAGAAGUUUUGAUAUCACUCCUUUGAUGCACUUGUGACGUAGAUGUACAACGAUUGUUUUCACAAUAAUACCAUACAGAGGAUUGGACAAUAAAACUA